AAAGGGUAAUGUACAUCGUUUUAAAUGUACUUCUUGUAACGAUUCACCGCGGGUCUUGUUUAAACUAUUAGAAUUUUAAUGUCGAAAUUAGUGGAUACAAUUUGCAUGAAUUAUUGGUAUAAUAGCGAAGGAAUCGUUUACAUUAAUUAAUGAUUCGGCGCACAUCGAGGCAGUUAGGGAAUAUCUUAAUCAUGCAGCUCCCGAUCCUGAUCAGUGUACUUACAGUAGCCUUUGCCGGAUCGUACGGUCCAGGCAUACUUCCGGUAAAACCAGGACAAUGCCCGUCUGAUGAGGGAAGGGCUUUCCCGUGUGUUUGUCUUCCCGGCCCGAGUGAAUGUUCCAAUGACUAUGAUUGCGCUUACGGUUUGAAAUGUUGUCCAUAUGGAUGUUCCUGUCUAUCAUACUGUGUUCGUCCAGUGUUUGGACCAGGGCCGCAACCAGGCCCUCGACCAGGGCCGCAACAAGAUGUAUGCAGCCAGCCCCAGGUUGUUGGACCAUGUGCAGCUGCAUUCCGAAAUUGGUGGUACAAUCGGUUCACCAAUCGCUGUGAAGUGUUCAUUUACGGAGGUUGUCAAGGAAACGAAAAUAACUUCGUAACCGAGGCAGAGUGCUUAGGACGUUGUCGACGUAACAGAUAUUAAGAAAAGGCUUCCAGAACUGAAACACCGGAGAAGCAUUCGACGCUGAAAUAUCUUAAAUUAUUGUCCAAUAAAAUAUAAGUGUACAGUA